AUGUCCAACAGCAGCUCCAUCAGGCACUUCCUCCUGCUGGCAUUGGCAGACACGCGGCAGCUGCAGCUCCUGCACUUCUGCCCCUUGCUGGGCAUCUCCCUGGCUGCCCUCCUGGGCAAUGGCCUCAUCAUCAGUGCUGUAGCCUGCAGCCACCACUUGCACACGCCCAUGUUCUUCUUCCUGCUCAACCUGGCCCUCAGCGACCUGGGCUCCAUCUGCACCACUGUCCCCAAAGCCAUGCACAAUUCCCUCUGGGACACCAGCACCAUCUCCUACAAAGGAUGUGCUGCACAGGUUUUCUUCUUUCUCUUCUUUAUCACAGCAGAAUUUUCCCUCCUGACCGCCAUGUGCUAUGAUCGCUAUGUGUCCAUCUGCAAACCCCUGCACUACGGGACCCUCCUAGGCAGCAGAGCUUGUGCCCACAUGGCAGCAGCUGCCUGGGCCAGUGCCUUUCUCUAUUCACUGCUGCACACAGCCAAUACAUUUUCCCUGCCCCUGUGCCACGGCAAUGCCCUGGGCCAGUUCUUCUGUGAAAUCCCCCAGAUCCUCAAGCUCUCCUGCUCUAAAUCUUAUCUCAGGGAACUUGGGCUCAUUGUGCUAAGCGCUCUUCUAUUUUUUGUUUGUUUUGUGUUCAUGGUUUUCUCCUAUACGCAGAUCUUCAGGGCUGUGCUGAGGAUCCCCUCUGAGCAGGGAAGGCACAAAGCCUUUUCCACCUGCCUCCCUCACCUGGCCGUGGUCUCCCUGUUUGUCAGCACCUCAUUUUUUGCCUACCUGAAGCCCCCUUCCAUCUCCUCCCCAUCCCGGGAUCUGGCAGUGUCUAUUCUGUACUUGGUGGUGCCUCCAGCCCUGAACCCCCUCAUCUACAGCCUGAGGAACCAGGAGCUCAAGGAUGCCUUGGGAAAACCGGGGAUGGAGAACCAGAAGGCUGAACGCCCAUCUGUCAAGGAGCCGGUGAAGGAGAGGAACAAUGGCUCAAAGGGUCCCCAGGCCACAUUGUCUGCUAGCAAACGACUGUCUAUUUUUGAUUAUUUUGUCCUGAGAAUAUCUGACAGCCACAAGAAAGUGAAGCAGAGGGCGCUGGUCGUGCUGGCUGAAAUUACAGGAGCCCUGAAAGAUGCCUUGAACCCGGUGAUCAUUGGUUUGGUGGAAGGAAUAACAAAGAACCUGAACUCAAAGGAUCCCAGGGUUGGUGGGGCAGCUGUGAAAGCACUGGAAGAAUCCAUUGCUCAUUUGGUGCUUGUGCAGGGGGUUCAUGCCAGGAGCCCUGAAGUCGUCCAGCGCGACGCCCUGCCCGUGCUCUGGCCCUGCCUGGAGAACAAGGCGCUGCCUGUGCGGAGCACCAACGUCCGCACCGUGGCCACCAAGCUGGCCUCUGCCCUCUGCAAGGUGAUGGGCACCCAGCUGAAGGAAUGUGCUACCAGCAAGCCUCCACACGUGCGGGAAAACCUCUCCAAAAUUCAUGGCAUGGGGGGCCUGAAGCAGCUCCAGAUGGAGGACAAGGUGAAGGGCAAUCAUGGCUCAGCCUCACACAGAGAUCUGACUGGUUAUAGUCUUACCGAGAAGUUUUCUCUGGACACUUCCAAUGUUCUCUCACCCACAAAGUCCUCACCUCCCGUCCAGAAGAGCUCUCUUUCCUCCAAGCUCAGGAAGAAGCUGCUGCCUGCCAAAUACACGCAGCUGCAGCUGGCGCCCACGCAGGGCCUGGAUUACAGCUGA